AUGUGGGUGGUAUAUUUGAUCCAGGUUCCGUCCCACUUCAAGGACACAGUGUCCCUGAAAGUGUACUACGAGAGCCAUUGCCCCGGCAGCGUGAAGUUCUUCAAGGAGCAACUGGCUCCGUCGCUGGAGCGGCUGGGGCGACAUCUGGACGUUCAUAUGAUACCGUAUGGACAUGCAAAGGACACAGUGUCUCUGAAAGUGUACUACGAGAGCCAUUGCCCCGGCAGCGUGAAGUUCUUCAAGGAGCAACUGGCUCCGUCGCUGGAGCGACUGGGGCGGCAUCUGGACGUCCAUAUGAUACCGUAUGGACAUGCAAAGGACACAGUGUCCCUGAAAGUGUACUACGAGAGCCAUUGCCCCGGCAGCGUGAAGUUCUUCAAGGAGCAACUGGCUCCGUCGCUGGAGCGGCUGGGGCGGCAUCUGGACGUCCAUAUGAUACCGUAUGGACAUGCAAAGGACACAGUGUCCCUGAAAGUGUACUACGAGAGCCAUUGCCCCGGCAGCGUGAAGUUCUUCAAGGAGCAACUGGCUCCGUCGCUGGAGCGGCUGGGGCGACAUCUGGACGUUCAUAUGAUACCGUAUGGACAUGCAAAGGUUCCGUCCCACUUCAAGGACACAGUGUUCCUGAAAGUGUACUACGAGAGCCAUUGCCCCGGCAGCGUAAAGUUCUUCAAGGAGCAACUGGCUCCGUCGCUGGAGCGACUGGGGCGGCAUCUGGACGUUCAUAUGAUACCGUAUGGACAUGCAAAGGUUCCGUCCCACGUCAAGGACACAGUGUCCCUGAAAGUGUACUACGAGAGCCAUUGCCCCGGCAGCGUGAAGUUCUUCAAGGAGCAACUGGCUCCGUCGCUGGAGCGACUGGGGCGGCAUCUGGACGUUCAUAUGAUACCGUAUGGAUAUGCAAAGACUGAUUACGAAAACGGGCGUUACACGUUCGAAUGCCAACACGGCGAUGUGGAGUGCUACGGGAACAUGCUGCACGCCUGUGCCAUAGACGUCGCACGGAACAACACCAAAGCCGCGCUGUUCAACGCCUGCAUCAUGGAGAGGACAAACGAUUACAACACGCUCAACUACCUCGUCAAUUGGUGUGGCCACCAGCACAAUAUUUCCGCAAACGCUAUAUGGGAGACUAUGAACACCGGCAGAGCCGCAAUACUUCUAAAGGGCUACGGGGACGAGACGCAUGCCCUACGACCUCGCUACGUGCCCUACGUGGUGCUCGACGGGGCCGUCGCGGACUCCGUCACGACCAACCAUCUCGGCUACUUCGCUUGUAGACUACUCAACCCAAGACUGAGUGCUUGUGAUGCUAACUACGGGCACGAGACGAAUGCGCUAAGACCUCGCUACGUGCCCUACGUGGUGCUCGACGGGGCCGUCGCGGACUCCGUCACGACCAACCAUCUCGGCUACUUCGCUUGUAGACUACUCAACCCAAGACUGAGUGCUUGUGAUGCUGUAUAG